AUGUCUAAAGAGGUUUUAACUAAAAAGAAGGUUCUAAAAAGCAAUAUAACAACGUUUAAAGCCAAGGUAAAUUCGAAUUUAGAACAAGCAGAAAUUUUAGAGGUAAAGUUGUUCGAAACGAAACUAAAUGCUUUUAACAGUGAGCUUCGUUCUAUUUAUGAGGAAAUAUUUUUGUUGUGUCCUGAAAAAGAUUGUGAUACAUUCAUUACGGAACAACAAACAAUACAAGAAACUUUAGAUGAAUUAUGGAUAACUAUAAAUAAAAAGUUACAGAAACUUUCCAGUGACUCUGUUAUCGAAACAAGUAGUGUAGCAAAAGUAAAUUCGUCUGACGUUCGAUUACCAAAAUUAGAACUUUCUACCUUUACAGGGGAAAAUAUAGAUGAGUGGAUUAGUUUCUAUGAUCUUUUUAAGGCUAGUGUAGAUAACAAUCCGAAUAUUUCUAAAUGUCAGAAGUUUCAAUAUUUAAAGGCUUCUUGUAAAAAAAAGGCUCUGUCUAUUAUUGAGUCAAUUCCUAUUUCUGAUGCUAAUUAUGAUAUAGCGUUGCAACUUUUACAGGAACGUUAUUCUAAUAAAAGAGAAUUAACUAAUGCAUUAAUCCGUAAAAUGUUUAAUUUGCCAAAUGUUUCUGAUUCAGCUCAAGCUAUUUUACAUUGUGUUGAUGUAGUGAAUGAAUGUGUAUACGCUCUUUGA